CAACAGGUAUGCAGCAAAUUGACAGUGAAUCUUUUGUUUGGUUUUCAUUUUAUUAUUUUUGGAAAGCCGACAAGAAAACAGAGACACGGAAGUGAAAUGCGGCUUAACUUUUGAUCAUUACACACCAUCAUUAUCGAUUCAUACUACUUCCUGCCAUGAAUGGAUCACAAAUAAGCUCCGGCUUGUUUGGUUCGUGGGGUGGCGGUAUUCAAUCAACAAGCUUGGAAACGAUCAUUAAAGGAAUACCGGUACAUUAUGAACUUCCGUUUUAUCAUGCAACCCGGCCUUCAAUCUUGCCAUUCAUAAGUGACAAAAACCUAUCACUACUAUCGCCCGUAUUGAUGUAUUGGAUAAUAUCAGGAUGGUUCUUCUUUUUGGAUACGAUGCAAUUCCCUUUUUUCGAAAAAUACAGAUUACACGAACCCGAAGAGAUUCAAAAGCGGAACAGGGUAAGCGCUUCUCGUGUACUCUUCAUGGUUCUCAUUCAACAAGUCUUUCAGACUUUGUUAGGAAUAUUCGUUUUGGAAAGCGAUGAAACUUCUCUUGCUCAAGUCUUUGCCGAUCAUCCAGGUCGUGUUCAAGAUUUAGCACAAAAAGUUGCCGGAUUAACGAUCUCAACUUUGGGAAUGUCGAAGGGCACACAUCUCUUACGAUUGCUUGGACCUAAAUUCGCCAAUUGGCUUUACUGGUGGGGCAUACCAUCUGUUCAAUUCGUUUGGGCAUGUUUCGUGAUGGACGCAUGGGAGUAUGCUCUGCAUCGUGCCUUCCAUGAAUCUCGUUGGCUGUACAACAACUUCCACUCCCAUCAUCAUCGAUUGUAUGUUCCAUACGCAUUUGGAGCUCUGUACAACCAUCCAUUUGAAGGAUUCUUGUUGGAUUCUGCUGGAGCAGCAAUUUCUGCUGCAGCCUCGUUUAUGACGAUUCGACAAACGAUCGUCUUUUUCACUUUCAGUAUCAUGAAGACCGUUUGCGAUCAUGGAGGAUACGCUUUCCCACCUUGGCUCGACCCAUUACACCUUAUCUUUCCCAAUACGGCUGAGUAUCAUGAUGUUCAUCAUCAAAUGCAAGGCUUACGUUAUAAUUACAGUCAACCGUUCUUUAUUCAUUUCGAUGUUUUAUUCGGCACGAGAAUGUCAGCGGAAAAGUUUGCAAAGAUGAAAAAGGUUAACCAGAAAUUCAAGAAAAGUUUCAAGGAUGCAAACGGAUCAUCAGAGGAGAAAGUUGUUUCGAAUGAAAAGUCAUUGCCCGAAUCUAUAAGGAGGAGAGGCAAGGAAAAUGGCAAUGAUGCAUCACCUGAUGACAUCGUUCUCGCACAGGGCAAAAACGGAGAUCCAACUGUAACAUUGAAUGGCGAAACGUAUCGUGCUAAAGCAGGAAUUGCCACUUGAGUAUAUGAUCGACUGCACCACAAGCAUAACUAAUACGAUGCAUGCACUGCAUCAUAUUUAUACCCACAUCAUACUCGGAAUCCUUUAGUAUUUGCAAAUCUCUUAAUAAUAUUACCAUUAAUCUUGAC